CUCAGAGCGCCACGGCCCAAAAUGGCGGCAGGAGGGGGAGAAGGGCAGGCGGCGGAGCCCGAGGCGGCAGUAGAGCCGGAGGUAGCGGCGAUGGAAGAGCCGCGGAGCUUCAAGGACCUGGGGGUGACAGAUGUCCUGUGUGAAGCUUGUGACCAGUUAGGAUGGAAGAUGCCAACAAAGAUCCAAAUAGAGGCUAUUCCAGUGGCACUUCAAGGCAGAGAUGUCAUUGGACUGGCAGAAACUGGGUCUGGAAAAACAGGAGCCUUUGCUUUGCCAAUUCUUCAAGCACUGCUGGAAACACCUCAGCGAUUAUUUGCUCUUGUUCUUACACCAACAAGGGAGCUGGCCUUCCAAAUCUCUGAGCAGUUUGAAGCUCUUGGAUCCUCCAUUGGUGUCCACAGUGCAGUUAUUGUGGGUGGCAUUGACACGAUGUCUCAAUCUCUGGCCUUGGCCAAGAAACCACAUGUUAUAAUUGCAACCCCUGGCCGUCUAGUUGAUCAUUUGGAGAACACAAAGGGCUUCAAUUUACGAGCUCUCAAGUUCCUUGUGAUGGAUGAGGCUGACCGGAUCCUUAACAUGGAUUUUGAGACAGAGGUGGAUAAGAUAUUAAAAGUGAUUCCUCGAGACAGGAAGACGCUACUGUUUUCUGCUACCAUGACAAAGAAGGUUCAAAAACUCCAGCGUGCUGCUCUGAAGAAUCCUGUUAAAUGUGCUGUUUCUUCCAAAUAUCAGACGGUUGAAAAACUACAGCAGUACUACAUUUUCAUCCCCUCCAAAUUCAAGGACAGCUACCUGGUUUAUAUCUUGAAUGAGCUAGCUGGAAACUCUUUCAUGAUAUUCUGUAGUACAUGUAACAAUACUCAGAGGACUGCUUUACUGCUCCGCAACCUGGGAUUCACUGCCAUUCCUCUCCAUGGGCAGAUGAGUCAGAAUAAACGCUUGGGCUCUCUAAACAAAUUCAAGGCAAAGGCACGUUCUAUUCUACUGGCUACUGAUGUUGCAAGCAGAGGUCUGGACAUCCCACAUGUAGAUGUGGUGAUAAACUUUGAUAUUCCCACGCACUCUAAGGAUUACAUUCAUCGUGUUGGGAGAACAGCUCGAGCUGGGAGAUCUGGCAAAUCUAUCACCUUUGUUACACAGUAUGAUGUAGAGUUGUUCCAGCGCAUUGAACACCUGAUUGGCAAGAAGCUGCCAGCAUUCCCUAUGCAAGAAGAAGAGGUUAUGAUGCUGACAGAGCGUGUGGCUGAGGCUCAGAGAAUUGCCCGAAUGGAGCUGCGGGAGCAGGGAGAGAAGAAGCGAUCUCGGAAUGAUAAUGAUGAUGACACAGAAGAAGCUAUUGGUGUCAGGAAUAAGGUGGCAGGUGGGAAAAAGAAGAAAAGGAAAGCCUUCUAGUUCGGUAUUUGGACAGACGACUUGUAUUUUUCUCUUUAUGGCUACAUGAGCUCUGCAAAAGCAGUCUUCCAAGCCCUUUCCAGGCGGUUUGUUUUCAGAACUACUUAUGAAACCAGGCAGUCCACCUGGAAAACAACUUCUCUUCUGCUUCAGUAGUUACAGACUGAGUUUGGCCCAUCGUGGCACCAUGGAACCAGUCUUCCUUUCAGAAACACCAGACCAUCACUUCUGGACCUGAAAGCAGGACCAGCUGUAGUCUGGUCCUGCUUUUUCACGAAAAGGUGCAGUGUGAGUGCAGCUUUCCCACUGCUGCAACCUGUCUUCCUACCCAAAACUCAUUGAGUGUAUCUGGGCUCAGGAGAGGAAGAAGUUAAAAGAAGCAGCUGAGUUUCCACAGCACAGCUGUGAUGAUUUUGCCUUAGUGAGGGGACAUGUGACUUCAAGAACUCCCAAAUAUAUUGCGCUGAAUUUUAAAGCUGCCUGAUUUUCCUUGUCUUAUCACUGACCUGAUCACUUUGAAUAUCAGCUCUUGCCAGGAGGUUCUCUUCUUAGGGCAAUCUUAGAGAUUCAGAUGUGACAUCGAUAACUUCGACGUGUCAGCUGAAGAGUGGCCCAGCACAGAGAGAACCUGUUUCAGUAGGAUUAGGCUAUUUGCUGCCUGGAAUUGGAUGCAGAAUCUGUAAUGAUUGGCAAGAUCAAGGUUUUGGGUUUUCCUUGUGGCUGGUUCUUGUAGUACUCAUAAGAUAACACAAGGGGGUGCUACCUACGUAGGAAAGCGGCUCACGAUCUGCGCGGUGAAGGAAAAUGGGUAUCGCGGUGGCUCGUUCUGUGUUUCCCUAUUUACUUCUCUAUCUUAAGCAGAAUGCAAUGCUGUAUAAUUAGAUUCUUGCAAGAAUGGGAUAAAUUUACCUAUCUUCAUAUCAAAUCAUAAGGUUAGUGCUAGUUUCCAUUGGCAAUAAGAGUUUUCACACUGGAUAUUUCUGCUGGUGGGCAGAGAAGGGUGAGAAACUCCUUCAUGAUCACUUAACAUGAAAAUUGAAUGUCUGUUAGAACCACUCAUAAACUAGGUUUUCUGCUACCUGAAAAAAAUAUGAAAAAAAUUCUGGUUUAGAUCUAAAUGGAAAGCAGAAACUACUGCAGUAGUCAAGAUGAGCACAAGUUACUUCAUAACAUCACCAUAAAUGUAAUAUACACGUGUGCUAGUCAGAAUGCUCUUAUACUUUUGUUUGGAGCAGCACGUUUUGCAAAAUUACAAGAAAAAACACUGUGGUUAAAACUAAAGAGAAUCCAUUUUUAUUUAAAACAGCUCUGUUGUCUUCAUGAGAAACAAUCUGGUGUGAGUGUGAGUGUUCUUACUUUGUGGGUUUUUUGAUAACAAUUUACUCAGAAACCCACAAGUUUGAUAGCUCUAAAGUAGUCCGAGUGGCAGAUAAGGGUACAGAUCUUGGAUAUGUUGACUGCUAAGAACACUCUUAUAAGGCAGGAGGAGAGUGUGCAUCUUCAGUGGGUUCUAGUGCAGAGUCAGGGGUGGAAGCCCAGUAGUGAGAACAUGAUAAUUCUACAAGGCCCUUCAGUAAGGAUCACCCCAGGUAAAAGGAAACUGCCCUAGAAUGCACCAGACUAAUAGAAUGAGUGAGCACAUGGGUGGAUAUGCAAAUGCUCAUUCCCUUUGGAGCAAGGGAACACUCCUGACUGAUCUUCCGUCCUUCCUUACCCUUCACAAUCAGGACAAGGUUGGUCCUGCUAUCAGCGAAUGAAGAUUAAAUCCAUCUGAGGCUCCUAGGUCUCUGGAAAUCUUGGUCUUAUUCCCAGCUAUGUAAUAGACUGGUGGGGUCUCUAGCAUAUCUCUGUGUUCUUUCCUGUGUGGAAGGGUGUAACAGCAGAGAGAAUCUGUUCUGGGUGAGGAUCAGAGAUUCUCCAACUCUCCUCUGCAGUUGAAAGAAUAGCAGAGGAGAGAAGUGGAGUUGCUCCUCAUGAAAAGGUCUAGAGCCUCCUUGAGAGGAGUGACUCCUGGAUAGCUGGCCACGUCCCUUGGUUUGGAAUGACAAGCUGUAGAAACACUUGACGUUAGAAAAGCAGAGGUCUCACCACACCCACAGUCUCACUAGUGCCUCACCUGCCACAGGUAUGUGUAUUCAAUUUCAACUAAAAAUAUCUCAACCGGUUGGAGUGGCAGGAAAUAGUUUCUUAUAGUGACUACGCUGUGAGUGCUAGGUUAGAGAGUGUUUGUAUAGCUGAAGUGGAAUAGGGAGUGUCUAAAGAUGUAUUUGGUCAAAACAGAAUUUGCAGCCAGGCUGGAGCAAAAUCUAUAGCUAAUCUAAUGAAACAUGAGGGGAAAGGAACGGAGUGAGACCUGUCUCUCUCUGAAUAAAAGUUCAGAAAAUACCAGCACUGAUAUGUGCGUGGCUGCAUACUUUUGUACAACAGAUGUCAGUGUAUUUGUUCAGUCAGGAGGACUCCUGAGGGGCAGUUCUGAAGCACACCUCUGCACGGCUCUGUGUCUUCACACAGCAGGGAGCUGAAAUGGAGGAUUAACCUUAGUGUGACAUCGAGUAGGAUGCAACCUGGUAUUUUCCUGUGGCUUGAACUGAAGUGAAGUUUUGGUGAAAGCUGUGUUCUCAAAAGAUGUUUCAGUAGGGGUGUUUGUAGUUUGAAACAAUUCUGCACUUCCCAAGUCCAUAAUGAGAAGGUGAUGAUUUAUAUGAUCAUACUAUAUAUGAUUUGUAUAUUUAAUACAUACAUGUAUUAAAUAAAGUUUUAUAGUUUUUAGUACUACAUAGGUGACUACCUCAGGUAGUAAAGAAUGGGGAUUUAGUGUCUUUCAUUUAAAUGUUCUACAGCUAGCAGGAGCAGGACAAUCCUUUGGAAGGGAGGAGUAAAAUUAAACAUCGAUAUCAGUGUUGGUAACUGACUUCAAGAUAAGCAACAAUGGCUGCAAAAGGUAGCAAUCCCUGCAGCCACACAGUGGGCCAGAGCAGAAGCUGUGCUGAAUUGACCUGUCUGAAAUGGAUUUGGCUGUCUCUGUUCCCCUGUGCCAUGUACCUGCUGCCCAGGGGCUGCAAGGAAAGACACAGGCAGGAAAGCACAGCUGAGAACCAAGGUGGGGUAUUCAGGGCUUUUUUCUGUGGUGACUCAGACUUUCAGCCUGAGCUGAAGUCUGCUUAAAAUAAUAAUGAGGAACACAGCCUGUUCAUGGACCUGGCAGCCCCCCAAAAGUAGAGAUGACCAAGAGGGAGAACUAAGUAUGAUGACUUUAGCAACGCCAUUAACUUGUGAUGAGAAGAGUCUCAGUUCAGGAGGGAACUCUGAGUAAGAAGUUAUUUGGGAAUCUUCAGGCUCUUCGUUUACAAAGCAGGACUGAAAUUAGUAAACAUUCACAGUUUAGCCAAACGCUGAAGAAGGAAAAUACCCAAAAUACUUAAAAGCCUUUGGAAGCACUUAAGAAGGAAUGAAAUUAAUUGCGUGGUCUGUGAAAGACACAGGCACGUACCAAACAUUCUGACAUUAUAUAAAUGUGAAGUUGUGGUUUGCCUGCAGCAUCAUAUGAAGAGCUUCUGUAAAUAUUCAAGUGAGUAAUUAUUUCUUGUAAAUGUUGCAGAACAAAUACAACUUCUGUGCUAGA